AACUGCCAUCUUGGUUUUUGACACUUGAAACACCACUGAUCAAAGCCAACAGACAUCCUGAGUCCCAUGCACAGUGACAAACUCUGAAUGAACUAACAUCAGGUGUGUCCCACUGACAUGACACUAUUCUUGCUUAUUGUGUAUAGGAGCAACUUUAAUGACUGAAUUUCCCCCAGGAUAAAUAAAUUAUUUCUGAUUCUGAUGAAAACAUCUCUGUCUCUUAAGGGAGCUCCAUCCCUGACAGAACAUCUCACACAACUGCAACUUUCUGAAUCACAUCUUAAACUGAGUAACUCAUCAAUUUAGCAACUUUCUCUCACGACACUUACUUUCACUUUGAAGUAAACCAACCUGCUAAUCACUUCCAGUAACUUCUCGUGCGCAGGCAGACUCUCCAAUGACGCAGUCUGGUGUUCGCGCGCAAGACCAGAGGGAGGGCGCGCGUAUUUGUGCGUGCCACGAGCCUUCAUAUUACUCUCACACGAGACUGACACUCUCAGAAGAGCAAGAAGUCAAGAAGCUGAGACAACAAACAGAGAAGAAGAAGAGGAAGAAGUAGAAAAAGAAGGAGUAGGAUGAGGACUUUUCAGAUCCAGAGUCAGAUCCAGUCUGUGCCACGCGGCGCCUCCAGCAGUGCGCGGAGUCUGAGCGGCAGCAGCAGCGCCAUGAGUCCCCUCAGCACGGCCAGCAUCGCCAUCACCGCCCUCCUUAUCCUCAGCGUCCCCGUCUGCACAAGUGCUCCUGCAGAGCUCUAUCAAGCCAUAACAGACCAGAGGCAGCUCCUCAGCCAGAUAGGCGCCGUAUGCUCGUCCUACCUCUCUGCAGACCUGCAGGUAUUGGCAUCUGAUAUGUUGGGAGAACUGUGUGUGCUGAUGCUGGUGCAGAAGUCAAAGGAGCUGAAAAGACGAGAAAAUAGUAAAAGAGCUGAGCUGCAGGGCCCGGGGGGAAUCCAGAGCAGAGGUCACUUCCUCUACCGGCCACGAAAUGGAAGACGAUCCUUAGAGUACGAAUGAUUUAAAGAGUCCUCUGAAGCCGAGUGUACAAAGAAGAACCCACACACACACUGAAACCCUGAGCUGCUUAACCACGACCGACCGACCGAUCCGACGCGAUCUGAUGAGACCUGGACUCUCCCUCAGAACUCUGCCUCUGCUGUACAGUGAAGUCUGAAUGUACGACAACAAUAUAACUCUGCUCAUCCGUCCACAUUUUAUUUUGUGUGUCAUUUCCAUUAAAAAUGCUUCAACCUGGA